GCUUACCUAUAAAGUCCAUCACCGCAGCUCUCAGCGAAUGGACUGACUCGCGCUGCUUCCUAUCCGCCGCCAUGGACGAACCACAACGGAGAAAGGGUCAACGGCAUGAAGCCGCCAAGCCUAGAAAGGUGAGGUUCAAGUUGGCGUCGUCUUACAGCGGCCGCGUCCUCAAGCACGUGUACGAGGACGGGCAGGAGCUGGACAGCCCCGAGGAGAAAUACCCUCACAGCUUCAAGAUGGCACCACCCGGCCACCUGGAGAUGGAGCAGCUCUGCGGCUUCGACCGGCCUCUGUCGGAGCAGCGGGGUGUCGACGCUCCAACAGGGCUCAUUGCCCAGAGAAUAAACGUGUACAGAGGAACGGGAGCCUACAAGGCUGCUGCGGGCCAGAACCACCAAACAGAUGGAGACCCCAACUCGUCGGUGUUGGACUUCGGAAAGAUCAUCAUCUACACCAGCAACCUGCGCGUUAUACGAGCACCAACGAAGCAGGCUGAAAUGGUGCGCCACUACACGGCGCCCCCAGUGGUCUCGGAGGGCUACACACAGGCUCGUGAGCGCGUGAGCAGGAGGCGACCUAAAGCUCUUAGUACACAGGAAGGGGAGCAGAAACAGGUGGAGGAAGCGGCCAGAUGCCAGCAUUGCGGCGGCUCGGGCCUCGCCCCGUGUUCGCUGUGUCACGGCAGCAAGCUGUCCAUGCUGGCCAACCGCUUCAACGAGUCCAUCAGCGAGCUGCGCUGCCAGGCCUGCUACCCUCACGGCCUGGAGAGGUGCCAGUCAUGCCGCGCAAAGUCGGCAUGUUUGGACAACGCCAAGGCGACCGGUCGUGUUUGGCCACCGAUCCAAUGAAAGCCAGUGGUCGUUUAAAGGCACACACAUAGAGGCCAUGGUUGAAUAUGGGAAUUAUGCAGCAGGUGGAAAAUACACGCGGCGAACAUAAUCCCCAUUUUAAUUUGCUGCCUUUAAUUAAAAUGAUGCAAACAUUUAACAAUUGUAUUUUUACCUCACGGACAAGGAUCCUAUUCACUGGUUUAAUCCGGCAAUUCUUAUCUGUCUGCACCAGAACAUGAUGUAUUUGUAACGACACACAAUAUGUCACAUGGAGGAUGGAACGAGCUGCAGGAAAUAUGGUUAUUUUUCAAAUGUAAUAAUAUGUAUAGUAAAAUACUAAAAAUAAGUACAAAUAAUUUUAAAGGCCUACUGAAACCCACUACUACCGACCACGCAGUCUGAUAGUUUAUAUAUCAAUGAUGAAAUCUUAACAUUGCAACACAUGCCAAUACGGCCGGGUUAACUUAUAAAGUAAACUUCCGGUUGAAAACGUCUUUGGAUGAUGACGUAUGCGUGUGACGUAGCCAGUGAAACAGAAGUAUCGAUACCCCAUUGAAAACAAUACAAAAUAGCUCUGUUUUCAUCUCAUAAUUCCAUAGUAUCCUGGACAUCUGUGUUGGUGAAUAUUUUGCAAUUUGUUUAAUGAACAAUGGAGAUUGCAAAGAAGAAAGUUGUAGGUGGGAUCGGUGUUUUAGCGGCUGGCUGUAGCAACACAACAAAGAGGACUUACUUGGAUAGCAGACAUCUGUGAUAGGGUGAAGUCCUUCGUCGCGCCGUCGAUCGCUGGAACGCAGGUGAGCACGGGUGUUGAUGAGCAGAUGAGGGCUGGCUGGCGUAGGUGGAGCGCUAAUGUUUUUAUCAUAGCUCUGUGAGGUCCGGUUGCUAAGUUAGCUUCAAUGGCGUCGUUAGCAACAGCAUUGUUAAGCUUUGCCAGGCAGAGAAUUAUUAACCGUGUAGUUACCUGUUCAUGGUUUAAUAGUAUUGUUGAUCUUCUGUCUAUCCUUCCAGUCAGGGAUUUAUUUAUUUUGUUUCUAUCUGCAUUUGAGCCAGAUGCUAUCACGUUAGCUCAGUAGCUAAAGAGCUCCGCCGAUGUAUUGUCGUGGAGAUAAAAGUCACUGUGAAUGUCCAUUUCGCGUUCUCGACUCUCAUUUUCAAGAGGAUAUAGUAUCCGAGGUGGUUUGAAAUACAAAUCCGUGAUCCGCAAUAGAAAAAGGAGAGAGUGUGGAAUCCAAUGAGCCAGCUUGUACCUAAGUUACGGUCAGAGCGAAAAAAGAUAUGUCUUGCACUGCAUUCUAGUCUGUCACGCUAACGUUCCUCAUCCACAAAUCUUUCAUCCUCGCUCAAAUUAAUGGGGUAAUCGUCUCUUUCUCGGUCCGAAUCGCUCUAGCUGCAUUGAAAACAAUAGGAAAAUAUGAGGAGGCGAACAACUGCCUACGUCACGCUACUUCCGGUAGGGGCAAGGCUUUUUUUUAUCAGACACCAAAAGUUGCGUACUUUAUCGUUGUUGUUCUAUACUAAAUCCUUUCAGCAAAAAUAUGGCAAUACCGCAAAAUGAUCAAGUAUGACACAUAGAAUGAAUCUGCUAUCCCCGUUUAAAUAAAACAAUUUAAUUUCAGUAGGCCUUUAAAAUAAGUUGACUAAUUUGUCUUUUUUUUAUUGUUUUGUUUUUAGUCAAAUACAUCCCAAGUCAUUGCCAACUGAGCUUGUUUGUUUUGAAAGAAAUAACCCAGAUUUUCUAUUCUGCAGUAUUUGCUUUGCCUAUAACUUUAUUUCACUUCCAACAACUUAAAAACUACUUUGUUUAAUUUUAAAUGAUAAAAUACUUUAUUAAAAACACUUAAAUUAUCAAAACAUUUUUUUAAAUUGAAAGGACUAAGGCAGGGGUGUCAAACUUGUUUUCAUUAAGAGCCGCCUCACAGUUAUGGCUGCCUUCACAGGGCCGCUUGUAACAGUGAAUAUAUAUGAACAUAAAUGUAUAAUCACAUCAUGAUAUUACACAAUCAUAUUUAUUACAUUACAUAAUCAUAUACACAAUUAUAUAUUCUUUAACACUCAAAUUGAUGGAUAACUUGCUUUAAAAUCAUAAGUCAAGGUGACAAGCAGAUUUUUAAGUAUUUAUUUUUAUUUUCACAAGAAAAUGUCAUACAAAUUAUUGUGUUGCAUGAUCAGAUCAUGUAAAAGUUCAUAAAGACAUGCGAUUUCUGUUGAUCAUUUAUUCUGUUAAAAUGGCAAGAACAAAAAUACAUUUAGUUUGAAACAUGAUAUAUUUUAUUGACCCAUUAUUUCCAGGUUUUGGCCAGGCCACUUUAAAUGAAGUGGCGGGCCACAUUAAAUGAUGUGGCGGGCCAGUACUAGCCCCAGUUCUAGUGUUUGAUACUGUGGAACAAGGUGUCAUUUUCAUAACCUGUUUGUUAAAGCUAAAAUUAAUAACUAAAUUACAUACUGUAAAUAGAAAUGAAGCUGGGGUAGUCAUGUAUACUACUAGCACUACUGCUAUGAAUAUAAUAUUACAAAUUUUAUACUUUCACAAAAUUGUUGCAUGGGGGAAGUAAUGGGCUGCAGGGAAUUAUGUUAUAUUUCAAGUUUAAUAAUAUGAAUAUUAAAAAAUACAAACAAUUAGAAAAUAAGUUGACUAAAUCGAGACUUUUUAUCAUCAUUAUUAAUUUCAUUAAAACAAUAAGCUGGUUUGUUUUGAAAAAACAGCAACUUUGCUGUGUGAGUACAAAAUAUUAAAUUCUACAGUAUUUGAUUUGCAUCUACCUUUAUUUCACUUUCAACAACUUCAAAAUUAAAAAAAAUAAAGCAAAUAAUAUAGAUACAUAUAAUAGAUUAAACAUACAUUUGUUAUAAAUAAUAUUUUCGAAUUAAAUGGACUGUUCAAUCUAUUGCAUGUAGAAAGUAAUGAGUUGCAGGGAACUAAGUUUUUUUUAAUAAGGUGUCACCUUUUUCGGUAUGAAAAAGCUAAAAGAAAGAACACAAUUACAUAUUGUAAAUAGAUUAGGAGGUUCUUUAUACUACUACUGCUACUGCUAUGAAAAUAAUACUACAAAUUAUAAAAAUAUACAAUGUUUAUUAAUAGUUUACUAUGACUUAUUUCACUCAUGUUAAUUGUCCGAUUAUUGCCAAUUAUUUAAUACUUUUCACAAAAUGUGUUUUGAAUUCAAAUGAAAGUUUAUUUUUUACCUCUUACUGUACUUAAUUUCACUUAAAAAAUAAACAAACAAAAACACAAAUGGGCCUUUUCUGAUUGAAACAAAUAUAUAUUUUUUUAAGCUAUAAAAAAAUUAAGAAGAUGAACCAGGAAGUCAAAAAACAGAAACAGGAAGUGGAGGGAAGCAAUUAAUUGAGACGCACCUAUUAGUUUGGACAGAAAGUAAAGCGUCUUGGAGCAGCAAACUAUUUAAUAUACAACACAUUAUGUAUUUCAACAGCCAACUUGGUUAAAUUUCAGCAUGAAUGCUAACAACUGCUUCCACUGGUAAGUUUGAUCCUCAUACUCUCAUAUUGUUACCUGCUUGGCAGCCAUCUUGUCUCUAACCCUCAAAUGGUCACUUAAUUUUAAGACAUUGUCACAUGGAACAUUUCUUGAGUGUACAUCCAUUGCUAUGUUUCUUAGGGAAGCCACAUUUUCCUCAUGUUGGUUUUCUUUUCUUUUCUUUUUUGUACUGUCCAGCUAUUCAGACAAAUCAUAUUGUUGAUAUAGAUGCCCAUGUUUGCUGUACAGAUUUACUUUACAAAAGAUAAGUGUGAGAUACUUCUCUUGUUGCCUUAUUUGUAUUUGACUUAAUUAAAUGAAUUUAUAUAAAAAAAGGAAGAAGAAAAAAAAGACAGGGGGAGAUUGCGGGGACAAAAGGGGGAUAAGACAGAGAGACAACAAACACAAGUAGAUGCAGCAAUUCCCGAAGAAAUUGGGUGUGAAUGCUCCAAUGCUGAAGUUGAACUGAAAUCCUGGAAUUUUUAUUAGAAUUGGUGAAGCAGAGCACACAAUUCCCAAACAGGCUGAAUAUUUUGAAGUUGGAACAGUUUGAAUCAGAUGAAAAAUGCUGGCAUUGUGGAACUUUAAAGAAUGUCCCAUUGAAUUUCCCCAAAAUUUGGCCAAAGCGGCAAUUUUUUUAGAAAAUGGUAAAAAACUUGUAUGGUCUGAAUAAGUUGAAAUGGCCGGUGUUGGAAUUUUUCAAAUCGGUCGAGAAAUGUUGAAGUAGCAACAUGUUGAAUUGAGAAAUGGUUUUACGGAAUUUCGGGAAAACCGGGAAUUUUCCAGUUCAUAAAACAACUUUGUUUUUUGUCCUGAUUAAGAGGAAUGUUUUGACGGUGGAACGGUUGAAAUGCGUUGAAAAAUGUGGAAGGAGUAGUCGCCAGAAAAAAGGGUGGUAAUAGGGCUUUGGUAAACUAGGAAUUCUGGAAAAUCCUCGAAUUUUUUUGAACUUGAAAAAAAAAUUAGUUUGAAUUUCCAGGAUGGUGGAAUGUGUUGAAGGUAGAAUGUUUUGAUUCCGUUGAAAAAUGUGGAAAGGGUGGAAGUUUGAAAAAUGGCCAAUUUAUUUUGAAUGGGAAAAAUGUCCCGGAAAACCUGGAAUUCUGGAAAUCUGGGAAUUUUGUGAAUUUGUCAAGAGAAAGCCCGCAAUUCCCAAAUAGGCUGAACAGAUUGAAGCUGGAACGGUUUGAAUCGGAUGAAAAAUUUGGAAAGUAGAGCGCACCAAAAUCUGGAGAAGAAGAAGAAGUUGAAGAAGUACUUGUACAAUAGAUUAAUUUUGGUGUAGAAAACCAUAUGUGUGAAUGCUUUAGAGCAGUGGCCCCCAACCUUCUUUGCACCAUGGUCCGGUUUAAUAUAGACAUUAUUUUCAUGGACCAGCUUUCCACUUGUGCCAGAUAAAUAAAGCAAAAAAUAAGUGCAUGAAAAAUACAACUCACUUUAACGCUGAAUUAGUGGGAGCCCUGGGCCUGUUUCUUUGCAAUGAGAUCACAUUUAUAUUUUCUAUAUUCAUUAAUGUGCAUUGUAUCAUGUCAAAAAGUUAUAAUUAAUAUAACAAAAGGCAACUUCCUAUCAGGAGUUUUAUUGUACAUCUAUAAACAAGCAUAUUUUUGUGUCCAGUGGGACAGGCGAAAAUGCAGUCGUUUAUAAAUAAUUUAAUGUUUCUCUGCGGCCCGGUAGCAAAUGUGUCACAGACCGGUACCGGUCCCCGGACCGGUGGUUGGGGACCACUGCUUUAGAGCAUUCACACAACAAUAACAUCCACAACAACAACAACCACAGAACAGCAUCAGCUAUGUACAAAUACUAUAUGAACAAAUAUGAUAUGAAAAGUUAUAGCAAAGAAGUAAAUAUUAACACAUAAAUGACACUACAAAUGUUUUUCUUCAAGUAAUUAAUCUUGUAUUUUCCUUAGGGUAAAGGUAGUCGUGUUUGAUGCAAACACUAGGUUUAGCUCAGCGUAACAAUAUCAAUUAAAUUAUUUCCUUACUGCCUUUUCGUAACAUACAAUUUUUUAUGCAAAUGAAGUCAAUAGAACAAAAUAACUAAACAGAAGCACAAUCUACUAAUGCCUCUGAAUUAAAUUAAGAUUAAGAUUUUUUCCCUUAAAGCCCCCCUGUGUCAAGGACCUAUUUCCUGAGUUUGUAAACCAUAACAAAAUGAAGUUUAAUAAUACUAAAAAAUACAGAUCUAAUCACUGUAGUAUUGCCCAUAUGCUGAUACUAUCUAUACUUGAUUGGUACUGUCGAUAUUUGUAUCAAUCGCCCACCCGUGUUUACGUUCAGGAGCUCAAGCUUAGCUUGGCUUUUUGUAUCCUCUAACUGUGUGUAGUUUAGCAUGAUUAGCUAUUCCACUUCUUCUAGUCCUCAAGUGAUAAAGUCAUUUGUAAGAAAUAGAGUUAGCUCAGUUGUUCGCUUGUCGCUAUCAAAUUUGCGGUACACAGCUAGAAUGUGUCAACAUGCAUUAUCACAGUUAGGGAUGUAAACGGUAUAAUGAUAAACUGCGGUAAAAUUCCAGACGGUUAGUUAUACCAUUCAAAUUUUUAUUUACCGAAAAAAAAUAAUUUUUUUUAGGUUUACACCGGUUACUUCCUGGCAACGGAAGCAACGCAUGCACACUAGCGCCGUUAAGUUUGACAAAAAUGGCGGCAAAUACACAGACUUUGCUCUGGAGAUGUUCCCUCAGAGUAAACGGUGCCAAAUUGCUUUGUUUCACUUCACUGCUGUUAUUAAAUGAUGACAAGUGUAGACAGUAUUGGAGACAGAUGCAUUUGUCCCGAAUUACCAUGCAGCAGGCGAUGUGUCGUGAGAGUUGCCACAACUUGUUUAUAAAGUCUUUAGUUGGUUUACUGGAUGGUCACCCGUCCUUUAUUUUAAUGCUGACUUUGUCAGUGUUCCAAUAACAUCAAUACUAGCUAAAUGUUUUGUCAUCUCCUCGAAUUAAACGCAGGGUGUGUUGUCAGUGAGACACACAGAUUGUGUAUUAGAUGUGAGAGGUAUCACUCCUGUUUAUUUUUGUUGGGCAAACUGUUGCGCUGAACCACAUGGUUGUUGUUGAAGAACAAAGCUUGUUUAUUAGACGUUAUCUUCAUUAACCAAACUGCUUUGUGUUUUAUAUUGAUAUAAAAAAAUAAACACCAUGUUUUUUGGCAUUACUUGUGUUUUUUUUUCAUUUCACAACAUUGUUACUUUAAAAACCAUUCAUGUGACAUAGCGUUUUGUUAAUGUUUCAUGGUGUAUAGUUAAUUCUUAUACGACACAUAUAUGUUCAAACUCUGAAUGUAACUGUCCUGAUACAGCAUGCACAUGUACAUAUAAAUCAAAAAGUAAAACUAGAGAUAAAGGGGUUAUGUAAUGAGAACAAGCUGACACGUUGAUAAUAUUAUUGAACAAAACCAAAAAUAUUUAUCUUUAAAUAUAUGGAUAACGAUAGCCUUUUUAUUAGACUUUCACAUAACAUGAUGGCGUCACGUUCACACCCCACCUCAACUCUGUUUUACCUAACAUAAUCAAUAAUCGUGAUUAAUAAUCGUGAUUUCAGUAAUGAUUAAAAUAAUCUUGAUUAUUUUGGCCAUAACUAUGUAUAUACUAGAUUUCAUACAUGGACACUAUUUUUAUCUAAAUAGACAAAAAGUGCAGUUACGUCUUAUGUCCAAAACUUGCCAUCUUGCACAAUUUUCACAUUUAUUUUUAUUUAUUUAUGUUGUUAUUUUGUUUCUGAUAUAUUACUUUGUUUAUAAUGCUUGUGUUGAUUUCUUACGCACAUUAAAUCUUCUACUUGAGGUACAUACAUUAAUUUUUAAAUGUGUUGUUUGUGGUUAUUUUAAUAAAACUUGGUUAAAAGAUUUCAGUAGAAGUAGUUUUUGAAAAUACCUCAAUAAUAAUGAUAACCAAUGAUAAUUUUGGUCACAAUAACCGUGAUAAAACAUUUUCAUACCUUCACAUCCCUAAUCACGGGCUAACAAUAGAAUGAAAAUCGCUAUCAUCGGCCAAAUAAAUAUGAUUUAUGUUGUAUAUCGACGUCAACCCUAUAUUUUAACACAUGUAAAAACCAAAACUAUUUAAUUCUCAUCCCACAUUUUGAGGUACAUUUUUAUAUUUUUAUUUGUUACAUUUGUCAUGAUCGCUCAUGACAAUUAUUAUUUUAUUUUAUUUCCUGCCCAGCGCUGUUAUUUUUGUUUUUAUUUCCUGUUUGCGUCCUUUUUUGCCACAAGUUCUCCUGUCUUAGUGCUGGCUCCCUCACCUGUCUCUGAUUAGCAAUCAGGACACACCUGUUUGUGGUUGCCAAUCAGGAUGCAUUUUACAGUAUGUGCUGUCCUCUUGACAGGGUUGACUCAUUGUGCUUUGUACCGCCAUGUUGCAUUGCUUUCCCGAUGCUUUUUGUGAUUGUUUAGCCUUUUUGUGCACUUUCCAAAUGUUCCUAUUUUUUUUUGUUAUUAAAUAAAUUUUACCUGCA